ACAGCAUGCAACUUCCUUGUCCAUUUGGGUUGGCAUCCUGCGAGCACGCACGCCGCUGAACACCGUAUACCAGAAAGAGUCAUAUUCCUGUCUCGCUUACCGCCUGCACCGGACGACAGGAAAACAUUUGCAUUAUACACUGAUCGACAAUAUUGGCGUCUGGUUCAAUCCAGCACAUUUGCUUUUUUUUUGCGCGAGGGGCGGCCAGCAUGCCUUUUGGAUUAGAGGGGUUUAGGCAAUCUUCAUACUUACGGUCAAUCUUCAUACUUAACGUUGGUGCAGGAAUAGUGGCAUGCGUGGCGGCGUUUGGGUUAUGGAGGUUGGCAGCUGGCUCGGAAGCCGAUGACGACGAUGAGUCAGAACACACAAGCAAAGCGCGAAGAAGAAAACAGAAAUCUAAGAAGAUCAAGUCGGGGAGCGACAAUGGAUCUUGGAACCGUCUUGGGAAAGGGAAAUGGAAAUGGAAAGCAGACCAGGAUGAUACUCUAUACCCUGCCGGAUUAUACAAUUUGGGAAAUACCUGUUUCAUGAACUCUGUAAUACAAGCUCUAUCCUCCCUACCUAUCUUUUGCGCAUAUCUACGAGAUCGAUAUGCGAAGCACUGUGCUGACGAUCUUGUUAAUUCGGGAAGAGAUAAAGCUUUACCCGUUACUGAAGCUUUAUUGGGGCUGACAGACUCGUUGAACGAGCUUGAAACAUCUCGUAAAGUUUUACGACCCACGAGCCUUAUGUCGGCCCUGGCCGUCACAAACAAGAGUAAUCGGCGAUUGCUCUGUUAUGAGCAACAGGAUGCACAUGAACUACUUCAGCUAGUCUCUAGCACUAUCUCAAGUGAAGAGUUUGACGAUUACGGUCUCUUGUCGUUGCGUGAAGUGCGAGGCCUUGCCGUGACAAACGACGGACGGUCACCCCCAAACGGUCAGCAGAUAUCGCCAGUUGUGUUUUUAGGGACAAAAGUGGACGUUGUGUUAUCCACACGGCUGCGAAGUCCAUUAACUGGGCUGCUGGCACACAAGAUUACCUGUCGCAUCUGUCAGUACUCUUCAGGCAUUCGUCAUCAGACAUACGAUAAUUUAUCUUUGGCCAUUCCUCCGUUGCGACAAUGCAGUCUGGAUACGAUAAUUGGAGCUUAUGUCUCACCAGAAAGCAUCCACGACUACAAAUGCGAUAAAUGUUCUUUGGAUGCAACGUUGAAGGCGCUCGACAGGGACCUGGUGACACAGCGGAGCAAGAUCGAUGGCCUAAAGACGGCGAGAAAGCGAGUAAACCACCAAACACGGAAGAAAAAGGCAAAGAAAGCGAUCAAUGGCACAAUCGUGGAUGGACUCCAUCAAGGGAACGAGACAAUACCCUUGAUUGAGAUGGGAGAGGAUGUAGUAGAUGCCAUUUCACUUGAGGAAAGGUCCAAAGCUAUAGGGGAUGAACUGAGGAAUGAACUCCAAAAGCUGGUGUCGCUGGAGAAGGAUCGCGAAGUCGUAGAGCACGCUUUCAAGUAUGAUGUGGACGCUGAACUGCCGGACACGGUCAAGCGCAUAAAAUACGCCAGUCCCUUAUCCAGCAAGGAAACCCUCAUUGCAACCGCUCCACCAUGCCUGUGUCUGCACAUGCAACGAUCGGUAUUCCAUCCUACUGGCGCUGUUAUGAAAAAUAAUUGUCGCAUCGUGUUUGAGGAAUAUCUCGAUUUGGGACCGUUUUGCACAGGAGGAGACGACGGGCAGUAUUUUGGAUGUGGGACGAGUCAGCAGGCCUGGGGGAGUAGAACAAGAGUUAUGAGUGUUUUAGAUGGCUUGGGUGGUGCUGUGGGGACGACUACAAUACUCAAGCUGCUUAAUGUGAGUGGUGAGGGCGGCAGCCAAUUUGGUACCGCAGACGGUCCUCAUCUUAAACAUCUGACCGAGAGUGGCGGCGUUCAGCAUAUGGAUAGUAAUGGGAGCCGUGAACGUCAAGAAUGGGAUGAAAAGAGCGGACAAUUGGUGCACGAUUCGGAAGGAGUAACGGCAGGAGCAUCACUGGGAGCGACUAAUGAGGACGGUAAAGCCGUUAAAUUAGGAGCUCCAGCCGCAACGCACAGGACGCAGGAAGAGACACCUGAUGGAGACCCAAAGACCAUCUCCAAUGGCCAAUCGCUCAUGGAAAGUACGACUUUCAGCACUGGAUUGAAAGGGGCUGCACAGUUGCCGUCAGCAGGUACCGACAAAUCUCUUGCCGAUAAUGACGAUGGUGGUACCGCACGUUGCCAAAUACCGAAUGGUGUCGCGAAAGAAAGUACUUUAACCCAGGCAGCUCCCUCCAGUGGAGAUGAUGAAGCAGAGCAGGAGAUUGUUGCAAGCCUGCCUAAUAGCGCUGAACGACGAGACGCCGCGGAGCAUGUGCUGCAGCAUGAUUUACAAACCGGACAAAAUGAGCCAAAGAAUGAAGUGCUGAGUGGUGCAAUUCUUCCUACUUCAUCAGAUACCCCACAGACGGUUUCUGGCAAUGGAAAGUCAUCUGUGACAGCGGAUAUCGAAGCAACGACUUUGGAAGAUUGCAUCAAAAUUGAAGACGAAGAUUUCCCACAAUUAGAGGAAGUACCAACAGAGCCGCAAGACACGCUGGAUAAGUCAGGAAGCGAAGUGAGAAAGGAUGAUGCUGGAAGAAUCAAAGGAGAGGAGCCGCCAGCCUCAAAAAUUCUUAAGCAAUCCUCCUCACUGCCUCAGCCGCCUUACCCCUAUCUUUACCGCCUUCAAUCCGUCGUCCUGCACUAUGGCAGCCACGACUCUGGUCACUUUGUCACCUACCGACGCGUCAAGCGCCCCGUCACCGACAAAACAGACAGCGUCAGCAGCACUAGCACAACUCCCCUCCUCAGACGGCGGCGACGGGUAAACCAACCGGAUACGGAUGCAGAUUCAAGUUCAUCAGGUUGUCCCGCAGACGAGGAUGGCGAUCGAUGGUAUCGGAUCUCGGAUGAUCGGGUUGACCUUGUCAAAGAUUUUGAGAGGGAGGUUAUCGAGCAUGGUGCAAGUUAUGUCUAUAUGCUGUUUUAUGAAAAAGUGCUGGAAUGAUUUGUUCUGCAUGUAAAUAAUUUAUAUCAUGUAUUUACUGCUGCUCCUCUCAUGUGCUUUGGCAUUUGGAUUUAUUUUAAUUUGGUAAUCGAAUAGAUGGAAUGUUUGCAUACGUCGAGAA